AUGGCAGCUCCCGAGCCCCCGCCCCGCCCCGCGCGGCGCAGGCGCGGCCGAGCCCCGGAGCGCCCGCCCGGAGAGCCCGGAGAGCCCGCCCGGAGCGCCCGCCCGGAGCGCCCGCUCGGAGAGCCCGGAGAGGCCGCCCGUAGAGCCCGCCCGGAGCGCCCGGAGCGCCCGCCCGGAGAGCCCGGAGAGCCCGGAGCCCGCCCGGAGCGCCCGCCCGGAGAGCCCGGAGCCCGCCCGGAGCCCGCGAAUCGGGGCGGCCCCGGGGAUCGCCCUCCUGCCCCGCAGACCCCGCGGCGCAUCCCGUACGAGGAGGCUGUCGCGCAGGAGUUCGGGCCGGCUCGAGUGGGAGAGUCUUUCGGGCCCACGUGA